AUGAAUCAAGGGCCCUAUUACAAUGAACCGGGAUAUGCAAAUCAACGUUCCCCUGAUGCCUCUAAGCGUUACAAUGACAUCAUCAAACACGAGACCUUGCGUUGUGCUGUCUGCGAUGUCUUGGAACGAAAAUAUUACAUUCCUGAUGAGCUUUACGCGGUUUCAAAAGGAGCUUUUGAAAAUUAUCAUGCAUACUAUCAGAGCAUAUGUGAAGCAAAUUUAAGCUUAUCUGGCCAGCCGAUGAGUGACUCCCAUGGCGGGCGACGUGGGGCCUUUCAGUACAACAACAUUCUGCAACGCCUGUGUGCUUUAAAGGCCUCGUUAGGUAAAUAA